AUGAUCAGCGCCAUGGCUGGCUCAUCUCACCGCGUCACGCUCGGGCCCCUGGUGGCCGCUAUCGAUCAGGGCACGAGUUCCACACGGUUCCUGGUGUUCAAUUCCAAAACAGCAGAACUUCUCAGCCACCAUCAGGUGGAAAUCAAACAGAGUUUCCCCAAAGAAGGAUGGGUGGAGGAGGACCCAAAAGAAAUCUUGCAGUCUGUGUAUGAGUGUAUGGAACGCACGUGUGAAAAACUCAUCCAACUCAACAUUGAUAUCUCUAAUAUUAAAGCUAUUGGAGUGACCAACCAAAGAGAAACUACACUUGUUUGGGACAAGGAAACUGGGGAGCCCUUGUACAAUGCUAUAGUUUGGCUUGACCUACGGACUCAGUCAACAGUUGAGAGUCUGAUCAACAAGACACCUGGGAGGAAUAAAAACCACUUAAAGCACAAAACAGGUCUUCCAAUCAGCACUUACUUCAGUGCGGUGAAACUUCGCUGGUUGAUGGACAAUGUGGACGAAGUUCACAAAGCUGUCCUCUCUCACCGAGCCAUGUUUGGCACCGUGGACUCCUGGCUCAUUUGGUGUUUAACUGGAGGAAAGUCCGGAGGGGUCCACUGUACAGAUGUGACCAAUGCAAGUCGAACCAUGUUGUUCAACAUUCACACUAUGGACUGGGACCCAGAGCUUUGCAAAUAUUUUGGUAUUCCCAUGGAGAUUCUGCCCCGAGUGAGAAGUUCUUCAGAAAUCUACGGCCUCAUGAAAAUAUGUUCUAGCUGGAAAUCAGGAGCACUUUCCGGUAUCCCCAUUUCAGGAUGUCUUGGGGAUCAGUCGGCAGCCUUGGUUGGACAAAUGUGCUUCCAGGACGGGCAAGCUAAAAACACUUAUGGAACAGGCUGUUUUUUGCUGCGCAACACCGGACCCAAGCCAGUAAUGUCUGACCAUGGGCUUCUGACCACUGUGGCCUACAAACUGGGGCGAGACAAACCCGCCUGCUACGCGUUAGAGGGUUCUGUAGCAAUCGCUGGGGCUGUGGUUCGUUGGCUACAGGACAACCUUGGCAUUAUUGGAUCUUCCGAGGAGCUUGAAAAGUUGGCCGCAUCAGUCGGGACAUCAUACGGGUGUUAUUUUGUUCCUGCCUUUUCGGGCCUUUAUGCACCAUACUGGGAGCCCAGUGCGAGAGGGGUCAUUUGUGGCUUGACGCAGUUCACCAACAAGAGUCACCUCGCGUUCGCUGCUCUGGAAGCAGUCUGCUUCCAGACAAGAGAGAUCCUGGACGCUAUGAAUCAAGACAGCGGCAUCCCGCUCACUCAGCUUCAGGUGGACGGAGGAAUGACGUCCAACAGGUUGCUGAUGCAACUACAGGCGGACAUACUUUGCAUCCCUGUUGUGAAGCCAUCCAUGCCCGAGACCACCGCUCUAGGGGCAGCGAUGGCAGCUGGUGCAGCUGAGGGGGUGAGCGUCUGGAGUCUGAACCCGGACGAUCUCAGUGAAGUGACGUCGGAGAAGUUCGAGCCCCAGAUCAACCCUGAAGAGAGCGAGUUCCGAUAUGCGCGCUGGAAGAAAGCCGUUCAAAAGUCUAUGAACUGGGAGACAACGGAACUGCCGUCUAAUGGCAAUGGUGAAAGCAGUAUCUUCAGCAGUGUCCCACUGGGCUUUUACAUCAUGGGCAGCAUGCUGAUGUUGAUUGGAGCCAAUUACAUUGCAGGUUGGUUUCCGCUUGCCUGA